CAGUGAGCAUGCGCGUGAAUAUAUAUACUCCUGCAGGAUGCAGGUUCCAGCAUCAAUACCCCUCACUCCUUCUCCUCUCCUAAACAACUGUUUACCUCUCGGGUGCCUUGGGAUCUUCCCCUUCCACUACUUCACGAUGAAGUUGCUAGUCCUGUUCGUGGUGUUGGGCUUGUCCAUUGCUGAUAAAUUACCUUCCACCAGCUAUGGCGUUCCUCAUAGUGGUAAUGGAAAUGGUAAUGGCAAUGGAAACGGAAAUGGCAAUGGUAAUGGCAAUGGAAAUGGAUUUACUGUAACCAAUGGAGCUCUUAACGGAAAUGGUAAUGGCAAUGGAAAUGGAUUUGCCAUAACCAAUGGAGCUCUUAAUGGAAAUGGUAAUGGCAAUGGAAAUGGAUACGAUGUAACUAACAGAGCUCUUAAUGGAAAUGGUAACGGCAAUGGAAAUGGAUUUGCUGCAGUUAAUGGAGCUCUUAAUGGAAAUGGAAAUGGUAAUGGCAAUGGAAAUGGAUUUGCUGCAGUUAAUGGAGCUCUUAAUGGAAAUGGAAAUGGUAAUGGCAAUGGAAAUGGAUUUGCUGCAGCUAAUGGAGCUCUUAAUGGAAACGGAUUUUCAAAUGGUUAUGCUGCUCCACCAAGCAACACCUAUGGUGCACCAACCAACGGAUAUGGAGUAGACCCAGAGAUUGAAGCCUUAGCUGGAAAUAUCCCAGGAGGUGGAGUCCCUGGAGAAGAUUAUCCUAUCUUGGCCUCUGUCCCUGAAACCGGAUUCUCCUGUGAUGCCCAAAAUGUCCCUGGAUAUUAUGCGGACACUGCCCCUGAAGCUGGCUGCCAGGUCUUCCACAUCUGCCAGGACAGGCCCAAUGGACUUCGCCAACAAGACUCCUUCCUCUGCCCUAAUGGUACCAUCUUCAACCAGCAGUACCUGGUCUGCGACUGGUGGUUCAACUUUAACUGCGCUGACGCCGAAUCCUUCUACUCAGUCAACGAGCUCAUUGGAGUCGUUCCUGACACUGGUUAUGGUUAUUCCCUCAGCAAUGGAAAUGGUUUAAGCAUUGAUGUGAGAAGCAAUGGUGUUGUAAAUGGCAAUGGUUACAGUUACAACGGGAAUGGCGCUGGAAAUGGAAAUGGUGCCGCUACAAAUGGUAAUGGAAAUGGUGCAGCUACAAAUGGUAAUGGAAAUGGUGCUGCUACAAAUGGUAACGGAAAUGGCAACGGAUUGAGAGCUAAUGGCAAUGGUGCCAUCAGUGGUAAUGGCAACGGCUAUAGAUACAAUGGCAAUGGUAAUGGCAAUGGAGCUACAAACGGUAAUGGUAAUGGCAAUGGAGUUGCAAAUGGCAAUGGUAAUGGCAAUGGAGCUACAAAUGGUAACAGCAACGGAAAUGGAGCAACAGCUAACGGUAAUGGAUACAGCUACAAUGGAAUUAAUGGAAGUGUUCGUUCAAAUGGCAAUGGAAAUGGUGCUGCUAAUGGCAACGGAGCUGCAAAUGGUAAUGGUGCUGCAAAUGGCAACGGAGCAGCCAAUGGAAAUGGCAAUGGAGCAGCCAAUGGAAAUGGCAAUGGCUACAGCUAUAAUGGCAAUGGAGCAGCCAAUGGAAAUAGCAACGGUGCUGCUAACGGCAAUGGACUGAAUGGCAAUGGCAACGGCUUGAAUGGUAAUGGAAAUGGAUUGAAUGGCAACGGCUUGAAUGGCAACGGAUUGAAUGGUAAUGGAAACGGCUUGAAUGGUAACGGGAACGGGAACGGCAACGGUGUCCCUUCAGAAUCCUACGGCAUCCCCGUCUAAAUCCUUACGACUACUGGCAUUCUUCUCCAAGGAAACCACUGCAAUGUCUCGAGCACCCCUUGAUAGUCUUUCAUCUUUAUGUACAACUACUUUUAUUACUCUAACAAAGUAAGCUCAAUCACAUACACACCUAUUCACCAUUUAAUCCAUAUACAAAUUCCCAUUUGAGACUUGAGUCCUAAACGAAAAACAUUAAUUUCCUUUACUUAAAUUUUCUACCACAUCCGUUCUGAACACUUGUCUCCUGUCCCAAACAAUCCAACUCUUAGAUUUAAUGCUUUCUUUUCCUAUACACAGUACACAAUUUAUUUAUUAACUGCUUUUCGAAGAAAUUAUGUGGUGAAAUCAACUUGACAUGAAUGAACAUUCAUCUACCCUAAAUUAAGUUACCAACUCUGUCCUAUUUUCGUCGAACUUUGUAACAGAAAUAUAGACUAACUAAGUCCAUAUAUAUUUUUGUAAUAAAGAAUACUGCAAUGUA